ACACCCUCACCUGCCGUGCCUUUUCCUUUAGGUUUUAUGGCACCGGGUUACUGUUUAACGCAUCCCCACCCAGCGCUGAGUUUGUUUAGUAAAUCGAUCUAAUGACGGGGCUAUGGUUGGCGCCAUCAAAUGUGUCGCAGCAUGAAUUAUAGACCACUCACUUCUCUCAACAUUUGCUUUCAAUGUUCUUGCACACCUUUGGCACUCACUCACUGCUCCUCAAUGUUGGGUAGGUGAGACUUUUGUUGCGCUAAACCGUUCCUACCCAGGGCGCAAUCCUUUUUGGCGACAGUUUGGAGUUUAAAUGCACAUCACAGAAGAAAACAGACGAAGAGACAGCAUGCCGACAGAACCGGGGCUGCCUGGUGCGGACGGGAUGAGCAGUAACUGUGCCAUAUGCGGAGACAAGGCCACGGGGAAACACUACGGAGCCUCCAGCUGUGACGGCUGCAAGGGCUUUUUCAGAAGGUCCAUACGCAAGAGCCACAUCUACACGUGCAGGUUCAGCCGACAGUGCAUCGUAGACAAAGAUAAGAGGAACCAGUGCCGUUUCUGCAGACUUCACAAAUGCUUCAGGGCCGGGAUGAAAAAAGAAGCUGUACAGAAUGAGAGAGACCGGAUAAGCUCGAGGAGAACCAUCCAAGACCAAUCCCAAGACAUUCCACCUAUAACUAUUCUGGCACAGGCAGAAUCGCUAUCACAGCAGAUCACAGCUCCGGUUGUAUUGGGGGACUUGGCAGAGCAGAAGUCGGCCUCAGUAUCAGACGUGUGUGAAUCUAUGAGGCAGCAGCUGUUGGUGUUAGUGGAAUGGGCCAAAUACAUUCCCACAUUUGGCGAAUUACCUUUGGACGACCAGGUUAGCCUGCUCAGGGCUCGCGCGGGGGAACACCUUUUGCUCGGGGUCGCCAAAAGGUCAAUGCCGUUCAAGGACUUUCUGCUCUUAGGAAACGGCUGCGUGAUCCAAAGAAACAGCCCCGAAGCGGAGAUUUCUCGAGUGGCCAAUCGAGUCCUGGAUGAGCUGGUCCAGCCUUUCCAAGAUAUUCAGAUAGACGAAAACGAAUACGCCGCACUUAAAGCCAUCGUCUUCUUCGACCCGGAUGCAAAGUCUCUAAGGGACCCAUCCAAAAUCAAGGCCAUGAGGCUGCAGGUCCAGAUGAGCCUGGAAGACUACAUUAAUGACCGGCAGUACGACUCCAGAGGUCGCUUUGGGGAGCUGUUACUGCUGCUGCCCACCUUACAGAGCAUCACGUGGCAGAUGAUCGAACAGCUUCAGUUCAUUAAGCUCUGUGGCCUGGCCAAGAUAGACAACCUUCUACAGGAGAUGCUGCUGGGAGGGUUUGCUACAGAAUCUGCCCAUCUGCACCACCCGGCUCACACCCAGCUGGCCCAGGACCCUGUAACGGGACACACGUUGGUCAUCAGCGCUAUGCCCGUCACACAGUCUGCACAGAUCGCCUCUCCGGACACGCCCAUCCCCUCUCCUCCGCAGGGUCCGACUGCAGAGAUGUACAAGCCCUUCUCCGCGCCCCUCUGUCCCUCCGCCAGCCCCUCCCCCUCCGCUCAGACCGACUCCUGACUUCUCCUCUGCUCUCUGCCAACGCGCUGAUAUUUCCCCCUCUCAUUUAUCAUCCCAGUCAUGGCGGAAAAUGAUGAAAGUAAAGCGAGUUUGGAGAGUGCGGUCAGGGGUCGUAAUGCAGCGACUCCCAUCAGGCGCACAACAAUAAGUAAAAUGUAAUUAAAGCUUCUAUGUGUAGCAAUCUCCCAACUUCAGCAUGUCACUGUUUCAAUGAGGGGGAAUAAUGGAACAGCUCACCAGGGUUUAACAUAACAAGCUAGACAUUUUUGUGGUCUCAUUAACCUAAAACACUACUCUGCGUCUCAGUUUCACUCUCACAGCAGAGGUACACAGUAACUACUGAAUCCUACUUACUACUACUUACGUAAUUUAUUAUAUACGUCUACAAGAUACUUUUAUUGUUGUUAUAAACUUUUAACUUUAAGGAAACGAGAUUACAACUUUUUUUUUAGAGCAUUUCAACGCCUGUUUUUGAUAUUUGUGAGUUUAUUUUUUUGUAAUUAAUGUAAUCAACAGAGGUAUAGGUGUAUUUUUGCAUUGUUUAUUAUUUUUUCUUCUUAAAUCUGUAAAAAUCACGUGUAUAUUUGAAACCAGGUGUUAAUCAAAUGCUGUGUGUUUUUAUACUUAUGAACUGAGCCACAUUCUUGUCGUGUUCCUAUAAUCAGCUUAAAGAUUAAUUUCCUGAACGUAAAAACACACAAUGUAACCAGGAUUUUAAAUAUUUAAUAUAGUCAAUUUAUUUAUUACCAGUUUAAUCUGUAAUUUC